UAUUUUUAGCAAAAAUAUACAUAUGACAACAUAAAAGGAAUCUUUGAAAGCUAAUAGAAUAGAUCAGACAGUUUUAUUAUAACCGUUUAACCGUUCAGUACACAAUUUAACACGAGUUCUUUGAAAGACAUAUUUCAAAACAGCUAAAAACUUAUUUCUCCAAUUUCGGAUUUGACAAUUUUGUGAUGAAUGCAAAAUUAAUUCUCAUCCCAAUUUUUCUAAUUGGAUCAUGUGUGGCUCAGAAUCACGCGAAUGAUAUACUGAAUGAUGUACUGAAUGAUGUUUUUCCAAGUGAUCAAGUACUUAGAGAAUCGAAUUUUGAAACUAUAGACCAUCCUGUUACAACAGUUGCACAAAAAAACAUACCACGACAACUAACGGGCAACUCAUUUCAGCCAUGUGGUACACGUCCUGAUAUGGUAUGUGUUCGUAAGUAUCUUUGCAAAAAUGGAAAAGUGAACAUAUAUGGUACAUACUUGAUUGAACCUCGCAUGGGUUCUGAUUGUAAUAUUGGUUUGAAAACUUGCUGUGAAAUAUCAGAUAAGCCAAUUUUAAACCCAAUCCCAAUAAGAAUUGGAUGUGGUUAUAGAAAUAAAAAUGGAGUUGGAAUAAAAGUCAAAGAACUCACUGAUGACGAGGCUGAAUUUGGUGAAUUUCCAUGGAUGGUGCUGAUUUCGGAGAAAAUGACUAGUAAUGGCAAAGUUGUAAAAUCUCCCAAAUGUGGAGGUUCUUUGAUAGCUCCAACAGUCGUUUUAACUGGAGCUCACUGUGUGAAUACCACACAAAUCCUGAAUUAUCGGGUCAGAGCUGGUGAAUGGGAAUCUAAUUCAAAUGCCGAACCAUAUCCACAUCAGGACAGACAAGUCGUAGAAAUAAUUAUGCAUGAAAACUUUAAUGCUGAAAAUUUGAAAAACAAUAUUGCUCUACUUUUCCUCGAGUCACCAUUCGAUGAGGCUCCUCACAUCAAAACAGUUUGUUUGCCACCAGUCAACACAAAUUUUGACAUGUCACGUUGUUUCACCUCUAGCUGGGAAAUGAAACAAUUCGAAACCGGAAAAUACCCAAAAAUUAUGAAGAAGAUUGAGCUGCCAGUAGUUCCAAAUGCUAAAUGUCAAAACGACUUAAGACAAACUCGUUUAGGUCCAUUAUUUAAAUUGCAUUCCAGUUUUAUGUGUGCUGGUGGAGAAAUUGGAAAAGAUACUUGCAAAGGAAACGGUGGUUCACCAUUAGUUUGUCCAAUGGCCAACAAUCCCGAUCGUUACUACCAAGUUGGAGUUGUUUCUUGGGGUAUUGGAUGUGGUGAUAAAAAUGUGCCUGGUGUUUAUGCAAACAUUCCACAUCUCCGUUCUUGGAUUGAUGAACAAUUGGCUAAUAAAGAGAUCGAUGCAAAAUAUUUUACAAUUUUGGAGAGAAAUAUAAGUGAAGGCAAAGUUGUAAGCUCUUUCAAAUGCGGAGGUUCUUUGAUAGCUCCAACAGUCGUUUUAACUGGAGCUCACUGUGUAAACUCUUUUCAAGCCCUUAAUUAUAAGGUCAGGGCUGGUGAAUGGGAAUCUAAUUCAAAUGCCGAACUAUAUCCUCAUCAGGACAGACAAGUCGUAGAAAUAAUUAUGCAUGAAAAUUUUAAUGCUGAAAAUUUGAAAAACAAUAUUGCCCUACUUUUCCUCAAGACAGCAUUCGAUGCGGCUCCUCACAUCAAAACAGUUUGUUUGCCACCAGUCAACACAAAUUUUGACAUGUCACGUUGUUUCACCUCUGGCUGGGAAAUGAAACAAUUCGGAACCGGAAAAUACCCAAAAAUUAUGAAGAAGAUUGAGCUGCCAGUAGUUCCAAAUGCUAAAUGUCAAAACGACUUAAGACAAACUCCUUUAGGUCCAUUAUUUAAAUUGCAUUCCAGUUUUAUGUGUGCUGGUGGAGAACAUAACAAAGAUACUUGCUCAGGAGACGAAGGUUCACCAUUAGUUUGUCCAAUGGCCAACAAUCCCGAUCGUUACUACCAAGUUGGAAUUGUUUCUUGGGGUAUUGGAUGUGGUGGCGAAAAUGUGCCUGGUGUUUAUGCAAACAUUCCACAUCUCCGUUCUUGGAUUGAUGAACAAUUGGCUAAUAGAGAUAUCGAUGUAAAUUUUUUCACGCCAUAAAUGUGGAUUUAAUUAUGUGGACAAUCAGUGCUAAAAACAAACAACUAAAACUAGAGCAAUAUCGUUUGGUAGCUAAAUUCUAGUAAAUAGACUUUUUUAUUAAUCCUUGAAUUGCUUCCGAAAAUAAAAACCAUUAAAUGC